AUGUCUCUGAGUCGUUGCGGACGACAGGCCUCGCGCCUCAUCCCGCGGUCUGGAAGCUCUUCCAGAGCUACCACUGCUAUCACCACCGCCCGCCGUCCGGGCUUCCAGCUUCAGACUCCCACUGCUGCAUCCAGGAAUGUGCAAUGGCGAAGCGUAUCCUCAUCCAGCCGCGAUGGCCAGCAACAUUUGCUCUCCGCAUCCCUCGAGGAGGAAGAUCCCACUGUCUACAACAUUCUGCAAAAGGAGAAAAAACGCCAAAAGCAUUUCAUCAACCUCAUCCCCUCCGAGAACUUUACGUCACAGGCCGUUCUCGAUGCGCUGGGGAGUGUGAUGCAAAACAAAUAUUCCGAAGGAUACCCCGGUGCAAGAUACUAUGGAGGAAACGAGUUCAUCGACGAGUCCGAGAGACUGUGCCAGCAGCGUGCCCUCGAGACCUUUAGACUCCACCCCGAGGAAUGGGGUGUCAACGUACAGCCUCUCUCCGGUUCUCCCGCUAACCUUUAUGCCAUAUCCGCCGUCCUCAACACACACGACCGUCUGAUGGGCUUGGAUCUGCCCCAUGGUGGCCACCUGUCGCACGGUUACCAAACCCCCACCAAGAAGAUCUCUUUCAUCUCCAAGUACUUCGAGACCCUGCCUUACCGCCUGGAUGAAUCCACCGGCCUCAUUGACUACGAUGGAGCGGAGAAGCUGGCUCUGCUCUACCGACCCAAGCUGAUCAUCGCCGGCACUUCGGCCUACAGCCGGCUUAUCGACUACCCCCGCAUGCGCCAGAUCGCUGACGCCGCUGGUGCGUACCUGCUGAGCGAUAUGGCCCACAUUUCGGGCUUAGUAGCCGCCGGCGUGCUGCCUUCGCCCUUCCCUCACUCCGACAUUGUGACAACUACAACCCACAAGUCUUUGCGCGGUCCUCGCGGUGCCAUGAUCUUCUACCGCAAGGGCGUCCGCCGGACAGACAAGAAGGGCAACAAGGAGAUGUACGAUCUCGAGAACCUCAUCAACGCGUCGGUUUUCCCUGGUCACCAGGGUGGUCCUCACAACCACACCAUCACCGCGCUGUCCGUCGCCUUGAAGCAGGCUCAAACGCCAGAAUUCAAGGCCUACCAGGAAACCGUUUUGGCCAAUGCCAAGGCGCUGUCGGAAAGACUGGGUGGCCCAAUCAACAAUGGCGGUCUCGGCUACAACAUCGUGUCGGGAGGCACCGACAAUCACCUGGUCCUUGUCGACCUGAAGAAUCGCGGCGUCGACGGUGCCCGUGUCGAGCGUGUCCUCGAGCUCUGUGGCGUCGCCAGCAACAAGAACACUGUCCCUGGCGACCAGUCCGCCCUGAAGCCCGGCGGCCUGCGUCUGGGAACUCCUGCCAUGACCACUCGUGGCUUCCAGCCUGAGGACUUCCGUCGUGUCGCUGACAUUGUCGACCGGGCCGUGAUCAUCACCCAGAAACUGGACAAGGCUGCCAAGGAGAGUGCUGCCGCCAAGGGAGUCAAGAACCCCAACACCGUCAAGGCCUUCCUCGACUACGUUGGUGAGGGUGAGGAGAUCUCCGAGAUUGUGCUGCUGAGAAAGGAGGUGGAAGACUGGGUGGGCACUUUCAGCCUUCCUUGGGAUGAUUAA